AUGACGACGACGGAGGAGAUUAGCUUGCGGCGGAAAUCAUCAGAGUCGUCUCCUCCUCCUCCGACGUCGUUUUCAUCGUUACCGUACGACGUAGCACUGAAUUUUUUGGCUCGUGUGUCGAGGUUCCAUCAUCCAGCUCUAUCUUUAGUCUCCAAGGGUUUCCGAUCUCUCAUAGCUUCCCCUGAGUUGGACGCCACACGAUCCUCCAUCGGAAAAACAGAGGAUUGUAUCUAUCUCUGCUUAAACCUCGAUGAUCAGAAAAACCCUAACCCUAGCUGUUUCACACUUUCCCCAGUUCCAACACAGCAUAAACCAGUACGUAUCCCUUCGUUGCCGUAUCAACAUUCCAAAUACUCAACCGUUGUUGCAAAAGGUUCAGAGAUUUACGUAAUCGGAGGCAUACUCAAGGGAAAGAGAAGCAAGAGAGUGUUGGUUCUCGACUGUCGAUCUCACCAAUGGCGUAAACUUCCCAACAUGCGUCUACGUCGAGCUCCUUCAGCCGCUCAUGUAGGCGUCGACGGUAAGAUCUACGUGAUUGGUGGCUCCAGGUUCAAGAGUAUCGACAACUGGGGAGAAGUUUAUGAUCCAGAGACCCAAACUUGGGAGCCUAUACUUCCCACAGCACUAGAUGAUCUCAUCGUUCAGAAGAAGCAUUUAGUUCCAGGUAGCUUGGUAAUGGGUGGAAAGGUUUAUCACAUGGAUGAUUUGUUUCAGCUUCACUUGAAGCCUAUUUGCUUGGUAGAGAUAGACAAGGCCUUGUGUCCAAUACUGGUUUCCGAAGUUGGGGAUCUAUUGUGGCGUGAUCCAAACGAUGCUGAUUCUGUUUGGUCCAAGUCGGUUGUGGCUUGCCGUAAAGGUCGCAAACGUCGGCGGACUAAUGAAUUUAAAACCAAGAUUUUGUGCACUCAAGUUUCCUUUGAGAGACGAGAUUUUGGAGAGCUUCGGGCAUUUGUUGAAUGGUCUAAAACUGUGUUUACCUUCGACGGAUGUGACUCUCCUUCAUAUUUCGUAUUGCAUUCUGCUAUUGUCACACUUUGA